AUGUCGUCGUGGGUAGUCUCCACCACCGAGUUAUGUGAUUGCGGCGCCAAUGGCCAAAAAUCAUCAUCUAAAUCCUCGCGGCACACUAGACUGAUCCUGUUGGUGUGGCAUAAUCUUACCGAGAAGUGCCAAAAAUUUGGAAGUUUCCUCAGACGGGAGACGAAUAAACCGCUGCCCAAAGAACUCAGGCGAUCGUUACGUCUUAACAAAUCGGCCAGGCGAAAAGGCUAUCGAGGUUGCGAGAGCGAGGCAGAUAAACGAAUAAUGAAAGAGCGUUUAAAUGAGCCCGUUAACAUAUCCAUACGCAUGGGACCUGCCUACGACUAUAGACCAUCGAAUUUCUGAAAGAUCUAAAAGAGGACACCAGGACAUCGUACCUCGAAUUGUUAGCUCUUUUGCUAACUUAGCAUAAGAUGUAAUGUUAUUGUUAAAAGGUUGUUGUAAACUGUUAUUAAAAGCUUAAUUUUUACACAUUUUUA